CAGAACUGAUUCGUUGCAGAGGAAAGCGGAGGUGAACUGGGGAGGUGGUGAUUCGGCCGCCCCUCCGGCGCACGGUUUCUUGGCUGUCAGGAGACGGCGGCCGUUACUUGGUAGCGCGCGGUGGGCGCGUGAGGAUGGUGACGAGGACGUUGAUCAGUUUCAGACAUUCCCAGGAAAGCUGCUGCUGUCGAGCACCGCAUGGGAAGUUAUAUAUGCAUUUUUAGUUAGCUGGCUAUGUUAUUUUUUUUUCGAAUCUGUUGAGUCUUUUCUUUUUUUUUUUAUCAAAGGAUUAUUCAAAGUUCGAUAUGGACAUAUUUUUGUAUGUGUUUUAAGCGCGAGGCUUGACGUAUUUUUACCUUGUCGGUUUCUGACUACGUGAGAAUUGCGCUUAUUAAUGGUUUUUUUUUAUUUUACCUGUUAUCGCUCUUCUCAUCCUGCUGAUAUCUAGCCAGUGGCCGUCUGCAGUUAGAAACCCGACCUUUUUUUUAAACAAUGCGUUAUCCAGCGGUUGGUCUCCCUAGCAGCAUAGGAUGAUGGCUCCGCCGGGUACGCCGUCUCCAUCUCACACUGACUCGCCGAGGGUGAAGAGCAGCAGCGGGCGUACGCCUUUUCCUUUCGCCAGGAAUGAAUCGUCCACAUAAUUCAAUCAACCCGAUAAAAAGCGUUUAGAUAUAUGUCGAUAUCUUUUCUCUUCUGUGCUUGAAGGAGUUGGAUAUAUAUAUACGUUGAUUGACGCCACAGUCUCUUGGAUUCGGCUAUUUAGCUAGCUAACAGAGAUGGAAAACGAGGUUUUUACGCCUUUGCUUGAGCAAUUUAUGCUCAACCCGCUGGUCACUUGGGUGAGGACAUUUGGUCAAUUAGGUGGGAAGGAAAGGACCAAACUUUCGGAAUACGUGGAAUUGGUGGACGGCGUCUAUUUGAAUGAUAUCAUGGUCCAAAUAAACCCUAAAAGCAGUACUCAGAGACCCAACAAGAAAGUGAACAAUGAUUCCACCCUCCGGAUACAGAACCUUUCCAUUCUGAUUCGCCAGAUCAAGUCCUACUACCAGGAGACAUUGCAGCAGUUGAUUAUGAUGCCCCUUCCCGAUGUGCUGGUGCUGGGGAGAAACCCUCUCACUGAACAAGGGCUGGAUGAGGUGAAGAAGCUGCUGCUGCUGCUGUUGGGCUGUGCUGUUCAGUGCGAGAAGAAAGAGGAGUACAUCGAGAAGAUCCAGACCUUAGAUUUCGACACAAAAGCGGCAAUAGCAUCUCACAUUCAGGAGGUGACCCACAACCAGGAGAACGUGUUUGACCUGCAGUGGGUGGAGGGCGACGUGUCCCAUGAGGACCUGGAGUCCCUGUCCAGGAACAUGGUGUUCCACCUGAAACGCCUCGUGGACGAGCGGGACGAGCAGCUGGAGGCAAUUGUGGAGCUGACCCAGGAGAGAGACUGCGGCCGAGGGUCUCCUCCUGAGGCCGGGGCCCAGUCCCCCAACGGCUCCCCCAGCAUGCGUCGCACCGAGAGCCGCCAGCACCUCUCGGUGGAGCUGGCCGACGCCAAGGCCAAGAUACGGCGACUCCGUCAGGAGCUAGAGGAGAAGACUGAGCAGCUCAUGGACUCCAGGCAGGAGCUGGACAGUAUGGAGGUGGAGCUGAAGCGAAUCCAGCAGGAGAACAUGCAGCUGUUGACAGAGGCCCGCUCAGCCAGGGCUUACCGUGAUGAGCUGGAUGCCCUGAGAGAGAAGGCGAUACGAGUGGACAAGCUGGAGAGUGAAGUAGGGCGCUAUAAGGAGAGGUUGCACGACAUCGAGUUUUACAAGGCCAGGGUGGAGGAGCUAAAGGAGGACAACCAGGUACUGCUGGAGACCAAGAGUAUGUUGGAGGAGCAGCUGGAGGGGUCGUGGGCACGCUCUGACAAGCUGCACGAGCUGGAGAAGGAGAACCUGCAGCUCAAGGCAAAAAUCCAUGACAUGGAAAUGGACCGGGACAUGGACAGGAAGCGCAUCGAAGAGCUUUUGGAGGAGAACUUGAACCUGGAGAUGGCCCAGAAGCAGAGCAUGGAGGAGAGCCUGCAUCUGGGCUGGGAGCUGGAGCAGCUCUCCAAGACACCAGACCACUGCGAGGUGCCGCAGAAGUCCCUGGGCCACGAGGUGAAUGAACUGACAUCCAGCCGGCUUCUGAAGCUGGAGAAAGAGAAUCAGGCCCUGCUGAAAACGGUGGAGGAACUGAGGGCGGCAAUGGGCCCAGCCAAGGAGGGCAGGCCGGGCUUGCUCAGUGUCCAGGUUGAAAACCAGAGACUGACCCAGAAGCUGGAGCAGUUGGAAAGCGAGUUGCUCUCAGAAAGGCAGAGCCUGCAGGGUGUCGAGAGCCUGAGCGGGGACCUGAUGAAGGAGAAGGCUCAGCUGGAGAAGACUCUGGACACUUUGAGGGAGAACUCUGACAGACAGAUGAAAGUACUGGAGCAGGAGAACGAGCAUCUGAGCAGUACCAUCGCCUCCCUGCGGCAGCGGUCCCAGAUAAGCGCAGAGGCACGGGUCCGAGACGUGGAGACUGAGAACCGGGUUCUCCAUGAGUCCAUCAAGGAGACCAGCGGCAAGCUUAGCAAGAUGGAGUUUGAGCGUAAGCAGCUGCGCAAGGACCUAGAGCUCUACAAGGAGAAGGGUGAGAGGGCAGAGGAGCUGGAGCUGGAGACACUACGACUGGCACGGGAGAAUGAGGGCCUGCAGAAGCGUGUGGCCACCCUGGGGAUCACCUGCGAGAAGGUGGAGGCCCUGGAGCGUGAGAACACGCAGCUGGAGGUUGAGGGCCGACAGCUGAAGAAGAAGCUGGACAGCCUGAGGAACACGGCCCUGCAGCUGGAAGCUCUCGAGAAGGAAAACUCCCAGCUCGACGAGGAGAACCUUGAGCUGCGACGUGCCAAUGAAGCCCUUCGAUCUGUCGGUACCAGGCUGGCUCAGCUGGAGCUGGAGAACCAGGAGCUGGAGAAUGAGCGAAGCCAGCUGAAACGCAGCCUCGAGCUGCUGCGAGCCUCUUCCAAGAAGACCGAGCGACUAGAGGUGAGCUGCCAGGGCCUGGACACCGAGAACCAGCGACUGCAGAAGGCGCUAGAAAACAGCAGCCGCAAGAUCCAGCAACUGGAGGGGGAGUUGCAGGAUCUGGAGAUGGAGAACCAGAGCCUGCAGAAGAACCUGGAGGAGCUGAAGAUCUCCAGCAAACGGUUAGAGCAGCUUGAGAGGGAAAACAAGGUGCUGGAACAGGAGACGUCACAAUUGGAGAAGGACAAGAAGCAACUGGAGAAGGAGAACAAGCGUUUGAGGCAGCAAGCUGAGAUCCGAGACUCCAAGAUGGACGAGGACAACCUCCGUAUCGCCCAUCUAGAGAAGGAAAACCGUUCACUCAGCAAAGAGAUGAUCUUCUUCAAGGACUCCUGCACCAGGGUCAAAGACCUGGAGAAGGAGAACAAAGAGCUGGUCAAACAGGCUACCAUAGACAAAAAGACCCUGAUGACCUUACGGGAGGAACUGGUCAGUGAAAAACUGAAGACUCAACAAAUGAACAAUGAGCUGGAGAAGCUGACCAAUGAGCUGGAGAAGAUCGGCUUGAACAAGGAGAGGCUUCUCCAGGAUGAGCAGAGUUCAGAUGACAGCAGGUAUAAGCUGCUGGAGUCCAAGCUGGAGUCCACGCUGAAAAAGUCCCUGGAGAUCAAAGAGGAGAAGAUCGCUGCCCUGGAGGCUCGGUUGCAGGAGUCAUCCAACCUCAACAAGCAGCUGCGGCAGGAGCUGAAGACUGUGAAGAAGAACUACGAGGCCCUCCGUCAAAGAGAGGAGGAGGAGCGCAUGGUGCAGAGCUCGCCACCUAGGGCCGGGGAGGAGGAGGUGCAGGCGGUAAGCAAGUGGGAGAAAGAGAGCCAUGAGGCGACGAGGGAGCUGCUGAAGGUGAAGGACCGGCUGAUCGAGGUGGAGAGGAACAACGCCACCCUGCAGGCAGAGAAGCAGGCGCUGCGCACACAGCUGAAGCAGCUAGAAACUCAGAGCAGCAACCUGCAGGCGCAGAUUGUGUCCCUGCAGAGGCAGACUGCCUCGCUGCAGGAGAACAACACAACGCUGCAGACCCAGAACGCCAAAGUGCAGGUGGAGAACUCCACCCUUAGCUCUCAGAGCGCCUGUCUCACAGCCCAGAAUGCCCAGCUGCAGAGCCAGCUGUCCAGCACGGAGGGCGAGAAGGAUGGUGCACUGCGGGAGCGCGAGGACCUGCGCGCCACCUACGAGCUGCUGCUGCGUGACCACGAGAAGCUGGCUGCGCUGCAUGAGCGGCAGGCCUCCGAGUACGAGGCCCUCAUUGGCAAGCAUGGCGGCCUGAAGGCAGCGCACAAGACCCUGGAACUGGAGCAUCGCGAGCUGGAGGACCGGUACAACCAGCUGCUGAAGCAGAAGACUCAGUUGGAGGAGCUGGAGAAGGUUCUGAAGGCAGAGCAGGAGAAGAUGCUGUCUGAGAACAAGAGCCACGAAGCCACCGUGGCAGAGUAUCACAAAUUGAAGGAGGGUAACGAGAGGUUAAACCAGACAUACCUGCAGCUGCUGAAGGAGAAUGAGGGCCUGCAGGUGGAUCACAGAACCCUGAAGAGCCAGCUGAACAGCGCCAAACUGGAGCAGACCAGACUCGAGGCCGAGUUCUCCAAGCUGAAGGAGCAGUACCAGCAGCUGGACAUCACUUCCACCAAGCUCACCAACCAGUGUGAGCUGCUCAGCCAGCUUAAGGGAAACCUGGAGGAGGAGAACCGGCACUUGCUGGACCAGAUCCAGACGCUGAUGCUGCAGAACCGGACCUUGCUGGAGCAGACCAUGGAGAGCAAGGACCUUUUCCAUGUGGAGCAGAGGCAGUACAUAGACAAACUGAAUGAGCUGAGGAGGCAGAAGGAAAAGUUGGAAGAGAAGAUCAUGGACCAGUACAAGUUCUAUGAUCCCUCACCACCAAGGAGGCGUGGCAACUGGAUCACCCUAAAGAUGAAAAAGCUCAUCAAGCCCAAGAGCCGAGAGCGCAUCCGCUCGCUGACGCUGACUCCCACGCGCUCGGAUUCCGGCGAGGGCUUCCUAGGCCCGUUGGGCCCGGACAGCCAGGACAGCUCCUCCAUGGGCUCCCUGGACGACACCCUGUCACACAAGAGGAGCACCAGGAAGAGAGGGCAGAUCAUCCAUUUGCAGUGUCCCUCAAAUGUGACUGCACUGAAACGGUUGCCCUUUAUGCGGAACAGACCGAAGGAGAAAGACAAAGUGAAGGCCGUCUAUCGCCGGUCCAUGUCCAUGAACGACCUGUUGCAAUCCAUGGCCCUGGCGGGGGGCCCGUGGGCCGGUAGCUCUGAGAAUCUGGACGGGCCUGAGGAGGCAGCCAGCAGGCAGCGCCGGAAGGAGCUGGGAUCCAUGGCCUACUCCACCACGGCCAUCAACUACGCCACGCUCAACCUGCCUGCCGGCCACAGGUCCAAGCAAAGGCUCAAAGCCAAAGACAACGCUUCCUGUGAGGACGUGGCUCCAGCUUCCCCGGAGGACGCCAACGGCUUGAGGAGUCAAGGGCUGCAGGACGUGAGCAGUGCUGAGGCACUCUCUCCAUCUGCAGUGUGCAGAAUCCCCUGUCACAUCUGCUCCUCCAGACCCACCAGCCUCCAUAGUAGCAGGACCACCAGUAGCUAUAGCAAUAAUAACUCCCACUCCUCCUCGCUGGAGGUCAAAGGCACAGUGAACGGCAGCCACAGCCGGCCGCAGAGCGAGAGCAGUGGGGAAUUCAGCCUCAGUCUGGACAACGAGGCCUGGUCCAGUGGGAGCAGCCCCGUGCAGCAGCCUCUCUCCCAGCGUGGAUCUCGCCAGAGCCCCCUGCUCCUGCGCAGGAGCCUGGAGCCCCCCAGCGCACAGGCCAGGAGGAGGACUGCCUCACCGGGGAGCGAGGUGAUGUCCCUGCAGCAGUUCCUGGAGGAGAGCGUUAAUUUGCCAGAGAAUGGCAGCCAGGAGACCCUGGCCACAGAGUCCUCUCGACUUUCGGCGGACUCCAAUGAAGUAGUGCGGCGGGAGCGGGGCACGCGCGGCAUCCUGCGGUCGGCCAGCGGGAGGGCGCCAGCCACCGAUUCCACCUCUGAGAGUCGGGCAUCCAAAGCGGGGCGUCCCAGCCUGCGUAAAGCAGAGAGCACGCGCGUCAAAGGCUCGAACCCCAUGCGGCCUGCGCUGAACGCCCAGGGCAAGGCCGUCUCUGUGUCGGAGCGCUUGGACGCUUCCUCGUCCACGCUGCCUCGCGCCAGCAGCGUCAUUUCCACUGCCGAAGGCUCGACACGCCGCACAAGCAUCCAUGACUUUAUGUCCAAAGACACACGGCCUCCUGUAUCUGUGGACCCAGCCCCAACCAAGGCCAGCCACCGGGGGCAGGCCGCAUCCAGUGAGUACCCCCCAGCCCCCACGCCCACCCUGCCCAAAUCCACCAGUCUACCCCUGACAGGCAGCACUGCCCAGGGCAAAGGUCCAGAACUCUCUAGCUUGGAUUCGUUCCUUGGCUCCACAUUCACUGUAGAUUCCGUCUUUAUGGACACCAUUUUCAGCGAGCCGUCCUUCAGCAGUCCUGGUAAGAGCCAAACAUUCCUGUCCCUCAACACCUCCCUGGUCAGUAACAUCAGCGGCCCGCCCAUCAAACACACCUCCCGGCCCGCUAGAGCCGGACACGAGCCCCAGCCGGUAACGGGCCCGGUUUCAUGCACCCCUGACCGUAAGACUAACGGUGAUGACACAGGUGCCGAUGCGGAGGCUGCUGAGGUGCCAUCUCCCUCCUUGACCUCUGACGACAGCCAGUCCCUGUGGUACGAAUAUGGCUGCGUCUAAACGUAGACCCUGCCUGCGACCUAGACCCUGGUGCAGAUUCAGAAUCUUCUCCAAUCACUGGAUCAGCACUGCCACGCAUUCACACUCCUGCCACUGGCAGCCAAACACCCGUCUUCCAAACUACGGUUCUCCAAGGGAGAAGAACACAGAACAAACUGUUCAUUUUGACCACGUUCAUCCAUGCAUGAGCAAAGGCCUCCAGCUGGGGCACCCAUCUGCUGUUCCACUCCUGUGCUCCCUGCUUCUUUGACCUUAUUUUAUUUUUCUUUUAUUUUAAAUAAAGCACAGUAAACCUGUUUGCAUGGUUCUGUUGAAGCAUCACCUUUUUGUCUUGUGGUUGACGUGUCCACGUGGUCUGUCUUCUCCAGUCGCUGUCUGGACUUUCAGGACUCAAGCGGGCAUCUCUGACCCUCUUGCCUGGGUGGGGGCUUUGCUCUCUGGUCAUGUGACCCUAACUUUGUUAUUGCUGUUACUGCAGUCGGACUUAAUGGAUUGGUGUGGAAGAGCAGGGAAUGAAAUGAUUAAUGGGAGAGGGGCUCCGAUCUUCAGGUUCAGUUUGUAUUUAUGAACUGAGAAGUUGUACAUAGAACAUUAGUACGUCAUGGUUUAAUAAUGACCAUUAGGUCCUUUUAAAUGCCCUGUGUAACAGACAGCAUGUGGGCAGUACAGCCCCAAUGCUGUUUAUGCAGGUUUAUGAACAGGCGCACAAAAUGACUGCUUUUUACCUGCUUUGCUACUAUGUGGACUGACAUUGGUAAUGUUUAGGAAAAACUCAACUUGACUGCCCUUUUUGGGAAGAGAGCCCAUAGCAGAAUCAUGGAUUUCAAGAAUGGUUGCAUUUCAAGUGAGACCAGCCGAGGGUCUGUAGGACUGACAGCUCACGUGAGCCACUGGAUAACCGAGGCUUUUGCAUGACAUCACAGAGCUUUAUAGAAUAAGCUGCAUAUGUUUUGAGCCCCAGUGUCCGGGUCUUAAAUAGAACUGAGCUGAUUACACAUGUAAUAUGAGGCCCUCGUGCUGCAUUUUACUGAUGGUAUAAAUGGCUGUGUAUUCGGUCUGGUUUGUUUCUUCUAGCCCAGUUUAAAAAAAAAAAAAAAAAGUAUAUGCAUCUUAAGGAUUCACUUUUUUUUUUUUUUUACUAUUAUUUUCCUUUAUUUGCUUGUGCCCUUCAUUCUCCAGUCGCAGAUGUAUAAUGUUUUGUGGGCUGUGUUCACCUUUUGCUGUGAAUGUACCUCUUGCUUUUUUGUUGUGUAUCCUGAGAUUUCGGGGCUUCCGUCCUGAACUCCUCCUGCUGCAUGUCGGCCGCUCUGCAUCAGUAAGCUGUUUAGGGUCCCCUCCCUGUGCGCCUGGCUGCCAUUUUGAUUCACGCAAUCAAAAUGAACAUGUGAACAUGCUGCUUUUGCUGUGGGGAAACACAUCUAUUGGUUUCAUUCAAGAAAAACAAUUACACACUUUCCACAAGCCAUCAGAGCUGUAGACAGAAAAAAACACACGUUACGCAAAAACAUUUAAAUAUAUCUUUUAGUUUUACAGUCAUUGCUUCAUGCUAAAUUAGCUGCCACCACUGUGAGCAACACUAACCACAUUAACGGAGUUAAGCUAGUGCACAGUCAGCGUUGACUGCUACUGGAAGGUAACUGGUUUCGUGGUGACAGCCAGCCUGCUGGGUAAACACUAAUUUAGUGUGUCUGUCGGAUUAUCAUAAAAGAUGCACGAUGGUGGUAUAAUGGAUGGGGCUUUUGGAGGGGUCUGUGUUUUCGUUUUUCUCAUAGCUGCCACAACAGCUGAUCGUACAUGUAACCAGCCGUGUUCAUGAAUAAUUGAAAAUGCCUUUAUUCUGCAGAUGUGGAAGGUUUUGCUGAGCGCAGAAAGUCAAAAAGCAGGAGCGGGGAGAGACACAGCUCCCAGACAUAGACCCCCCUGCCACUGGCCGCCGCCCUACUGGGCCCCAGGGGUGAGUGUCCUGCCAUAAGCAGAGCGGUGGCUGCUUGGGGACAGUGACCGGGGCCUUAACCCCCCCACAGCACCUCGCCACUCGCGGUGUAAACCGGCCCUCCCUCCAUGCCGGAUUCCUCUGCGGUGCACAAGGAUGGUGACCUGGAGCCUCUGUGGGGAACCAGCUGGGACACUUUGCGUUUUGCAUGUACCCCCCCCCCCCACACACACACACACAGCAGUGGAGGUGCUUCCAAGCACAUCUGUCAGUGGCUCUUUUGUUUACCCCAGUUUUGUUAUUCUGUUAUGUUCUGUAUUUUUGUUUUUUCUUAAUUUUGAUUUACUAAAGUGUACUGGAAACAAGUCUGUGUUGAUGACACUUUGAGUCUGUGUUGGGUGGGUUAUGUGAACAGAACCUGAAAAGCAUCCCUGCAUGACGCUCCUGCCCAACAGGCUCCUCCCGCCGGUCCUGGGUGCUGGUGUUUUCACAUGAUCAUCUCUCCUCUGCUAACUCACUUUCUCCUGUCCCUCUUUUCUCUUCACUCUACCCUUACUGCCUCACCAAGAGGGAAUCUUUCCCAUCAAGCUCUGUUUCAAGCCUGUUUAAAAAAAAAAAAAAAAAAAGGUCCCCUCUGAGAGUGUAAACCCUGUUUUAUAUAAACUUCUUAAGAAUCUUUCAACUAGACUUUCCUAUCAUUCCUUGAAUCAAGGAGAAAAAAGGACUCCGUCUUAGAAAUUUUAUCGUGGCAAUUUUUUGUAAGUAUUGAAUCUGGCAAAAGCACUGCCGCAGGACUGACAGACCGCCGACGCACAUGUGCCGGGGACCAGAGGUCUGUGCUGAUGCCAUCACCUGGGAAACGGAAACGUGUCUUUCCACGGAGCCAGAGGAUUCGUGCUGCCUCUUCCUGGACUCGCCCCAGCCUCUGCCAUCUGCCGUCUGCAGGCUGUAAACAACAAGCAUGCACAUCCUUCUGACGUGGGAUGGCUGAGCUUCUCCGCUCAAGAUUCUGCACAAAGAAAAGCAUGUGGACGCCAGAGGAGGGAAAAAAUGAAACUGGUUCGAGUAUGUACCGCAUGGAGCAUUCUGUUACCAGGUGCCCCCCCCCUCCCAGGAAUGCAGACCUUGUCAAAAAUGUUCUGUCUCCCACAGACCAAAACACCAGGAGCAGCACUGCACCUUUUUCAGUUCUACAUUCGCGCUGUGAGUUUCCAUUUGUUGCUGUGAGUUCAGAGCGCCCCCUGGGAUGGGCUGUGCAGGCCACCAGCAGCACAAAGGACCCAGCCGGUGUCUCUGUCCAUUCUGAUCGUUGCUCUAGUUGGGAAUGACUGUGACUUUGAAUAGUUCGUUCCUAUUUUCCACUGUUACUUUUACAUAAAGGCAUUCUGAUGUGAUCAACCAA